AAAACUAAAAAUGAAUCUGCAUGUUAUGAAGCAAGUCCUGCUGUUUAAGGGACGCACAUCGAUCGCAGUACUUAGCGACAUAGCAGACCAUUGAAUAAAGCUGUAAAUCUAUCACGAGUCUCCUCAGAACUGUGGAUCUUAUUAGGGGGACUGGGCCAUGAGGGGAAUACAGCAACAAUAAAUGGCCAGCAAGUUUAAAGUUCUUCUCUCUCUCAAACGGAAGGAGGGAGGCGGCGGGGUGUUCUACAAACACGACGGGGAGAGGUUCACCCAACCCCAUACUCUCAAACUGAACCAGAACACGGACUAUGUCGUCACCGUGCAAUCUAACAGGAAACUCAGAGACUUGAUAAUCCAUGGAGAGAGGUGUGAAGUAACGGAAGUGAAACGAGACAAAUCGAACACUUCUGAUGACUCUUUAAAAUUUUCCGCCAAUUUUAACACCACCGGGUACGCAGCAGAAAAGAAGAAAGGGCGGAAAGACAUUGCAGUGGCGCUAACGUUUGAUGAUGGCGCCGCAUUAACUGUUCUACUUCAGUGCAAGUUUUACAGUCAGAGUGAGAUAGAACAUUGUAGGUGGGGCUCUAGUCUCACAUGGAUCGAGUACGACUGUACUCUGACAGAGGGCCAGACCGGAGUUCAAGUCAACAAACACAAAUUUGUAUGACAACGUCCAUAGCAAUGUGAAUUAUUUUGUGGGAUUUUUUAAAAGUGGUUGCAUAGUUACCUUGACCAAUUUACAAUUUUAUGCAUGAUUGAUUGAGAAGGUUUUAAGACACCUCAGUCUACUAGUGACUGCUUUUUUUUUUACACUGCUUAGCAUAUUUUACUGUGCAUGUAAUUUGAUAAUUUUAACAAUUAUAAUUUUAAAUUUUGGACAAUAUCGUAUUUUUUUCAUUUAAACAAGCAAUAAUAUUUUCCAUUUGUAAUUGUUUUCUCUGUGACAACUCUUUGAAAGUUAGUCGAGUUGAUUUCUUCAUCAUUCUACCGGCAUGUGAAUUUCGCCAAGCGAUAGGUCAGGAGCUAAGGGGGCGUAAUAUGCAUUAAAUCUCAGGUGACUGUUUUUGUGUGUAACGUCAGUGAGCGGGGUCUAUUGAAUUUAUAAUUUUAUUUUACAAUGAAAUGGAAAUUUAAGGAAUCACUGUCUAGCUAGUUAGUAUAGUAUGCCACGGACAUCCUAGUAUCCCAGGUUUCCAACUAUCGUUGAUGCCCUAGCAUACUCUACUAACUAGACAGUGAUUUCUUUAUUACCAUUUCGUAUAUAUGUACAUGUAUAACCAUGUUAUCAUUUAUUAACCUGUAUAACUUCAUGUAAAUAAAACGGAACAAUUUUGGUCAUCCAAUGAAA